GAAAUUCGGAAUAACGUUUUUUGAGAGGCACUCAGAUAGCCGUUAUAACAAACAAAAAGCAUUUUAGCAUUUUCCACGAAGUUUUUUGCAUGUUCGCCGCAUUUUUCCUGCACAAUUGUGAGUGAUAAAGUUAAGGGUAGUGAAAUGAAUCGAAAACCCAUUGUGGGUGGCAAAGAAAAUGCCCUACAGCCCCUACAGCAUGGAAAUAUUGCUAGCCAAGCUCAACAGAUUCCGGAAAAACUGCUGCAGCCCCAAGGACUUGUGACCUCAACCCCGGUUGUAGUCAACAAGGAAGCCCCAAUGAUGCCAUCUAUGAGGGAAGUAGGAGGAAAAAAUGAAAAUAGUCAAGGAUCAUCCUCAAAAGAAGAUAGCAACGAGAAGACUGACUCCCGGCAUAGGGAGCAAAAAUCCAAGCCGGAGGGAGCAUCUGCAGAGACUGAGAAAUCUAAGAAGGUCUGGUCAUUGAGCAACUUUGACAUUGGACGCCUCCUGGGACGUGGGAAAUUUGGAAAUGUAUAUAUUGCGCGUGAGAAGGAAACUAAGUUCGUGGUAGCGCUGAAAGUGUUGUUCAAGAAGCAGAUUCAGGACUCCGGGGUUGAGCAUCAAGUACGUAGGGAGAUUGAGAUUCAGUCUCACUUGAGACAUAGCAAUAUUCUCCGGAUGUACGGAUACUUUCAUGAUGAUGCUCGGAUUUAUUUAAUCCUUGAAUAUGCGCCCAAGGGAACCCUUUUUGCCGCUCAGAAGCAACAGCCAAAUAAUCGCUUUGAGGAGGCACAAACAGCCGGCUAUAUUAAGUCUCUGGCAUCAGCUCUAAUCUAUCUGCAUGAGAAAAAUGUCAUUCAUCGUGACAUCAAGCCAGAAAAUCUCCUUCUGGGGUACAAAGGGGAAUUAAAAAUUGCAGACUUUGGAUGGUCAGUUCACGAAAUGAAUUCUAUGCGGACAACACUCUGUGGCACGCUGGAUUAUCUACCACCAGAAAUGAUUCAGGGCAAGCCUCACACCAAGACUGUUGAUCUCUGGAAUCUUGGAGUGCUUUGCUACGAAUUGCUGUGCGGUGAGGCUCCUUUUAUGGCUGAAGGAUAUGCUGAAACCUACAAAAAGAUCUCUCGUCUCGACUACAAAGUCCCACCGUAUGUCUCCAAGCCGGCCGUUCACUUAAUGUCACAGCUUCUUGUACUCAAUCCAGAUGGACGUCUUCCACUGCCUCAAGUGAUGAUGCAUCCGUGGAUCCUUCUCCAUACCACCGCAUCCUAGAUUUCUCUACAUUCUGCCCAGUUAAUAUCUCGUUGAAAAAAUAUAUACCUUUUUAGAUGUGAAA